UUCAAAAGAACCGGGUAGUAGCCCUUUCACACCUAAAAAAGCCAAGCUGGAUUCAAACCGUAACCAACGUGCACCACUCAAAGCCUCAGCGGAAUCAAAGCACUGGCUAAACGGACCACUCAAAGCGGGCAAAGGAUAG